AGCCGGCGCGGCAGCCUGAGACGUCUCGGGACGCUGAACCGGACUGCCAGCUGAACCUCGGACGUCCGCCGCCCGGCGUCGCGGCAGCAUGAGCGCGCGCGGCCCGGCCUUCGGCCUCCUCCUGCUGCUGCUCUGCCCUGUGCAGGUAUUUUCACAGUCCUGUGUUUGGUAUGGAGAGUGUGGAAUCGCAUAUGGAGAUAAGAGGUACAAUUGCAGAUACUCUGGGCCACCAAAACCACUGCCAGAGGACGGCUAUGACCUAGUGCAGGAACUCUGUCCGGGCUUCUUCUUCGGCAAUGUCAGUCUUUGCUGUGAUGUUCAGCAGCUGCGGACCCUGAAGGACAACCUGCAGCUGCCUCUGCAGUUCCUGUCCAGAUGUCCAUCCUGUUUUUAUAACCUAAUGAACCUGUUUUGUGAGCUGACAUGUAGCCCUCGACAAAGUCAGUUUCUGAACGUUACAGCAACUGAAGAUUAUGUUGAUCCCGUUACAAACCAGACAAAAACAAAUGUAAAAGAAUUAGAGUACUAUGUUGGAGAGACUUUCGCCAAUGCCAUGUACAAUGCCUGCAGGGAUGUGGAGGCCCCCUCGAGUAAUGAAAAAGCCCUGGGGCUGCUGUGUGGGAGGGAAGCCCAAGCCUGCAACGCCACCAACUGGAUCGAGUACAUGUUCAACAAGGACAAUGGCCAGGCACCAUUCACCAUCACACCCAUCUUUUCAGAUCUUCCCACCCACGGGAUGGAGCCCAUGAACAAUGCCACCAAGGGCUGUGAUGAGUCCGUGGAUGAGGUCACGGGGCCGUGCAGCUGCCAGGACUGCUCCAUUGUCUGUGGCCCCAAACCCCAGCCCCCGCCACCUCCUGUUCCCUGGAGAAUCCUGGGCCUGGACGCCAUGUAUGUCAUCAUGUGGAGCAGCUACAUGGCCUUCCUGAUCGUGUUUUUUGGAGCAUUUUUUGCUGUGUGGUGCUACAGAAAACGGUAUUUUGUCUCUGAGUACACCCCCAUUGAUGGCAAUAUAGCUUUCUCUGUAAACUCCAGUGACAAAGGGCAGGCUUUCUGCUGCGACCCUCUGGGCGCCGCAUUCGAGCGGGGUCUGCGGCGGCUCUUUGCCCAGUGGGGUGCGUUCUGCGUCCGGCACCCCGGCUGCAUCGUGUUCUUCUCCUUGGCCUUCAUCGUCGCGUGUUCCUCAGGCCUGGUGUUUAUCCGGGUCACGACUGACCCGGUCGACCUCUGGUCUGCCCCAGGCAGCCAGGCACGCCGGGAAAAGGAGUACUUUGACACGCACUUCGGGCCCUUCUUCCGCACGGAGCAGCUUAUCAUCCGGGCCACGAACAACCAGUCACACAUCUACCACCCUCCCGCGGGAGCCGACGUGCCCUUCGGGCCUCCACUCAGCAGAGACAUUUUACACCAAGUUCUUGAUUUACAAACAGCAAUCGAAAACAUCACUGCAUCCUACAACAACGAGACGGUGACGCUUCAGGACAUCUGCUUGGCCCCUCUCUCACCAUAUAACAAGAACUGCACCAUCCUGAGUGUGUUAAAUUACUUCCAGAACAGCCAUUCCGUGCUGGACCACCAAGUAGGGGACUUCUUCUUUGUGUAUGCGGAUUACCACACACACUUCCUGUACUGCGUACGGGCUCCUGCUUCCCUGAAUGACACCAGUUUGCUCCAUGAUCCUUGUCUGGGGACGUUCGGUGGACCAGUGUUCCCGUGGCUCGUGUUAGGAGGCUACGAUGAUCAAAACUACAACAACGCCACUGCCCUUGUGAUAACCUUUCCUGUCAAUAACUACUAUAACGAUACAGAGAAGCUCCAGAGGGCCCAGGCCUGGGAAAGCGAGUUUAUAAAUUUUGUGAAAAACUACAAGAAUCCAAAUCUGACCAUUUCUUUUAUGGCUGAACGAAGUAUUGAAGAUGAACUAAAUCGUGAAAGUAACAGUGAUCUCUUCACUAUUCUAAUCAGCUAUGCCAUCAUGUUUUUAUAUAUUUCCAUAGCCCUGGGGCAUAUCAAAAGCUGUAGCAGGCUUCUGGUGGACUCUAAAAUCUCCUUGGGCAUCGCCGGCAUCCUGAUCGUGCUGAGCUCAGUGGCCUGCUCCCUGGGCAUCUUCAGCUACAUUGGGGUCCCCCUCACCCUCAUCGUGAUUGAAGUCAUCCCGUUCCUAGUGCUGGCUGUGGGGGUGGACAACAUCUUCAUUCUGGUCCAGACCUACCAGAGAGAUGAACGUCUUCAAGGGGAAACCCUGGACCAGCAGCUGGGCCGGGUCCUUGGAGAAGUGGCUCCGAGCAUGUUCCUGUCAUCCUUCUCCGAGACAGUGGCAUUCUUCUUAGGAGGCCUGUCCGUGGUGCCGGCUGUGCACACUUUCUCGCUCUUUGCGGGGAUGGCGGUCCUCAUCGACUUCCUCCUUCAGAUCACCUGCUUCGUGAGUCUCUUGGGGUUGGACAUCAAGCGGCAAGAGAAAAACCGGCUGGACGUCGUUUGCUGUGUCCAGGGCGCCGAGGACGGAGCGGGCGUCCAGGCCUCAGAAAGCUGCUUGUUUCGCUUCUUCAAAAAUUCCUAUGCUCCGCUUCUGCUUAAGGACUGGAUGCGACCCAUUGUGAUCGCAGUAUUUGUGGGUGUUCUGUCGUUCAGUAUCGCCGUCCUGAACAAAGUAGAAAUUGGACUGGAUCAGUCUCUUUCGAUGCCAGAUGACUCGUAUGUGAUGGAUUAUUUCCAGUCCCUCAGUCGGUACCUGCACGCCGGCCCGCCCGUGUACUUUGUCGUGGAGGAGGGGCACAACUACACUUCUCUGAAAGGGCAGAACAUGGUGUGCGGGGGCCUGGGCUGCAACAAUGACUCCCUGGUGCAGCAGAUCUUCACCGCCGCGCAGCUGGACAACUAUACCAGGAUAGGCUUUGCUCCCUCGUCCUGGAUUGACGACUAUUUUGACUGGAUUAAGCCGCAGUCGUCCUGCUGUCGAGUCUACAAUAGCACAGACCAGUUCUGCAACGCCUCAGUGGUCGAUCCCACCUGCAUCCGCUGCCGGCCUCUGACUUCGGAGGGCAAGCAGAGGCCUCAGGGCGAAGACUUCAUGAGAUUCCUGCCCAUGUUCCUGUCCGAUAACCCGAACCCCAAGUGUGGCAAAGGGGGACACGCCGCUUACAGCUCAGCCGUUAACAUCCUGGGCAAUGGCUCAGGGGUCGGAGCCACCUACUUCAUGACCUACCACACAGUGCUGCAGGCCUCUGCUGACUUCAUCGAUGCCAUGCAGAAGGCCCGCCUCAUCGCUAGCAACAUCACCAGAACCAUGGGCCUGGAAGCAAGUAGCUACCGUGUGUUCCCCUACAGUGUGUUCUACGUCUUCUACGAACAGUACCUGACCGUGAUCGACGACACCAUCUUUAACCUCGGCGUGUCCCUGGGAGCCAUCUUUCUGGUGACGGUGGUUCUCAUGGGCUGUGAGCUGUGGGCCACAGUGAUCAUGUGCGUCACCAUCGCCAUGAUCUUGGUCAACAUGUUUGGCGUCAUGUGGCUGUGGGGCAUCAGUCUCAACGCGGUAUCUUUGGUCAACUUGGUGAUGAGCUGCGGCAUCUCCGUGGAGUUCUGCAGCCACAUAACCAGGGCGUUCACGCUGAGCACAAAGGGCAGCCGUGUGGACCGGGCCGAGGAGGCACUCGCCCACAUGGGCAGCUCCGUGUUCAGUGGAAUCACACUAACCAAAUUUGGAGGCAUUGUGGUGUUGGCCUUUGCCAAAUCUCAAAUAUUCCAGAUAUUUUACUUCAGGAUGUAUUUAGCAAUAGUCUUGCUGGGAGCCACUCAUGGAUUAAUAUUCCUCCCUGUCUUACUCAGUUACAUAGGACCAUCGAUAAAUAAAGCCAAAAGUCUGGCCACUCAAGAGCACUACAAAGGUACAGAGCGAGAACAGCUCCUCAAUUUCUAGCCCCUCCCAGGCUUUGGAGACUUGUCUGCGGGUUGGUCCAUUUACCACUGGACAGUAGCUGUGUUGUCAAGGCUCAGCUGAACCCUGGCUGUGAGCAGCCAUCCGGCUCUUUAACAGCAGCAGCUUCGGCCACGGCGCUUUUAAACUCAGGAACGCACACUCUGACUUGUGAAGCAGUAUUACUGAACCCGGAGGCAGCCCCAGGGCACUGGAGCGGUUGCCGGUUCUCCAUCAGCGGGGCCUGGUUCUCGGGCAAGCGGAAGGGACGCGAGGAAGGCCGCCGUCUGCUCACUGACACUUUCUAAAGGCCAAUCAAUGCAAUGUCUCUCCUUUUUUAGGAGUAAGCCAUCACCAGUUCUACACCGUAUUUUUAGUAACAUUCGAGGGUGUCGUAGAUAUACUUUAUUACAACAUUUUGUAGUUUAAAGAGCUUUAUUAAUGCAAUAAAUUAACUUUGUACACA